CCCGCAUUGACAGCAUUUCUUGUUCCGACUUGCCCGGGAAAAGUUUAUAAAUUCCUUGAAUUGACCGGUUUAACGUUAUUAUUAAAAAGUUUCCUGCCGUGGUAAGGCUACCGUGCAAUGCCAAAGGGUCGUAGGAAAGCGGUAGACGUUGGUGGAAGUGGUGAUGCGGGGCCAUCUGCCAAGAAGACUAAGUUAACCAAUCAGAUCAAGGGUAACACUGUCCAGAUUGAAUGGGAGGCAGACGGACCAAAAUGGACAGCAUACAAUGACGAUAUCAAUGCCGACAUCUGUGAUGCAUGCAAUGCUCUCAAGAAAGAUCUGACAUACAAAGUUGGUACUGCAACAUUUGUGAUCAAGUUUGAUGAUGGCUUCCAGAAGAACAAGAAGACGGGUUGGGAGCGAAGGAUACGUUGUGCCAUCCAGGAUUCACGAGACGAAGAAUUGUACGUCUGGGAGUGGGAAGAUGAACAUGGCAAGUGGCAUCCGUACUCGAUCACAAAUUCACUUGAAAUCGAGGCUGCUCAUCAAAGUAAACAAAAUGAUGUCACCGUGGUGGCAUGUCAUCGUUCGUAUCAGAUCGAUCUCACCGAGAUGGAGCAGGAGAAUACAGUAACUAAAGUCUGCAGAAAAGUACGCAGAGAAAAAUCAGAUGCAGUCGCUGAUGUUGCCACGGUUACCACAAAACCUGAACCAGCCGAUGAAGAAGAAGAGGUUAAACCGAAAGCAUCUGCCAAGAAAGCGUCUGCAGCAACUGCAAAAAGGGCCUCGGCGACCUCAGGAAAAGCUGCGGCUAAGAGUAGCGCUGGGCGUGGCAAAUCGGCAAAGGGUAAAGUCAAAGAUGAAGACGAGGAAGAAGAAACUACAGUGAAGACCGUGGUGAUCAAAGGGAAGGCGCCUGUUGACCCAGAAUGCACCUCAAAGAUAGGUACCGCCCAUGUUUACUGUGAAGGAAAGGAUGUCUAUGAUGCCAUGUUGAACCAGACAAACUUGCAGAAUAACAACAAUAAGUACUACGUCUGUCAGCUUUUAGAAGACGAUAACGCCAAGCGCUACCAUGUUUGGUUCCGAUGGGGCCGCGUUGGGAAAGUUGGUCAGAAUAACUUGACACCCUGUGGUGGCAACUUGGACCAAGCGAAAACAGCGUUUUGUAAAAAAUUCAAGGACAAGACAAAGAAUGACUGGUCACAACGAGACGUCUUUACUAAAGUUGCUGGGCAAUAUGAUCUUUUGAAGAUGGACUAUAACACAGAAGGUGCCGAUAGUGAUGGCUCAUCAAAGAAGAAAAAGAAGAAGGAUGUCAAAAUACCAGAUUCUAAGUUGGAUAAAAGACUACAGGACCUUAUAACGCUGAUCUGCGAUGUCAAAUCAAUGGAGGAGACUGUCGUAGAAAUGAAAUACGAUUCGAAGAAGGCACCCCUGGGAAAACUGACAGCCGCCCAGAUCAAGGCGGGGUACGCUGCAUUGAAGAAGAUCGACACUUGUUUGACUGCUAAUGAUAUGGAAACGAAACUGGUCCAAGCUUGUGACGAGUUUUAUACAAGAAUUCCUCAUGAUUUUGGAAUGAAACGACCACCUGUUAUCCGAACUAAGGUAGAUCUGAAGGCAAAAAUAGCACUCCUUGAGGCCCUUGGUGAUAUCGAGAUUGCCAUGAAGCUAUUGAAGAAGGAUUUGGGCAGUGACGAGAAUCCCGUUGAUGCACAUUAUAAAUCACUGGAAUGUGAAAUGAAACCAUUGGCCAAGACUGACCCUGAUUUCAAGAUGGUUGAAGAUUACCUCCAGUCGACCCACGCCAGCACCCACAACCAGUACAAGAUGGUGGUCGAGGAUGUUCUCGUCUGUGACAAAAAGGACGAAAAAGAUCAAUUUGUUGAUCAUGGCAACAAAAUGUUGCUAUGGCACGGCUCGCGCUUGUCUAACUGGGUUGGAAUCUUGAAGCAAGGUCUCCGCAUUGCUCCCCCCGAGGCUCCCGUCACUGGUUACAUGUUUGGGAAAGGUGUCUACUUUGCUGACAUAUCCAGUAAGAGUGCCAACUACUGUUUUGCAUCAAGAGCCAAGAGUACUGGUCUUCUUCUGUUGUGCGAGGUCUCUCUCGGCCAGACCAAUGAUCUCUUAUCAGCAGAUUACGCUGCUGAUAAGCUGCCCAAGAAGAAACACAGCGUGAAGGGGCUCGGCAGUGUUGCCCCGGACCCAAAAAAGACUUUUGUCACUCCUGAUGGCGUGACAGUCCCACUAGGUAAGCCGGUCAACACCAACAUUGACAACCCUAAUGGUUAUACCCUCAACUAUAACGAGUACAUCGUAUACGACACCAAGCAGGUUAAGAUGAAAUACCUCGUCAAGACCAAGUUCAAAUUCUGAAGAGGCUUAAGUCUUAUACCAAUCCAUCUAUCAAUGCUGGGAACUACUCAAGGUGGAGCAGUUAAUUAGGCUCAGCAGAGACAGACACUUGCAUGUUUGAAUUCAGGUCACUUAUAUUUGAAAGACAGGUCAUGAAGCUGAAUUCAUAGGCCAGUUACUAGUUAGCUUAUGGCCAACGUUUAGAGUAGGUGUGAGCUUUGAUCAACAAGAUAGGGCUGCUGUAUAGGGCAGUGUCAACGUGGUCGCGAUGUUCUAAUUUGAUUCCAUUAACGUAAUGAUUCCUUUUGGUUACUGCAUGUAGACACACGUGAGGCAAGUUUCCCACAAUGAUUGUUUGUUAUCAUGUCUUGAUUUGUACUGUCAUGUCUGUACAUAGUUGAUUUACACAAAAAUGCUUUUCCUGAAAAUAGUUUGCACUUCAGUUCAUUAGUUGCAGCCCAUUAUGAUAGAUUUGGAAAUAAAGUGAGUUAAUAAAGACAA